AUGUCCACCGCCGCCGGCUUCCCCAACUGGGUGAUGCUGGAGCCCGUCGUGUUCCGCAGGGACGACGACAAGUCUUUCCCGGACGAGAGCAAGGCGCCCGUCAGGGCGUCCGGCACCACCUCCUGGGAAGCCCAGUUCCGUUUCGCCUUCGACCUCGCGGAGCCCCCGUCCAUCUCCCGCAUCUUCGCGCAGCUGCCGGGCUUUCCGGGUCCCAGCAAGGAGAGUCCCUUAGCCAUGUUGACGACCCACCGCCAUCUCGCCCUGUUUCGCGUCGGUACCACGGGGCCAUGUCGGCGUAAGAACUUCUUCAUCUACAGCGCCGGCAAGCCUUCCUCGCUCGAAAAACUCCCCACUUGCACCCGGGAUUUGGAACGUGUCCUCCACGAUGGCAGCCCAUCUCGUCGCCCUCCUGAAACGGGGAAGAUGUCGCGCCUGCAUAGUGUCAGAUCCAUGGGCCUCUUGUGCCAAGGCGAGGAAGAGUUCGCGGUGGCGGAGCUGCACCUCUACCCGGACAAACGCAAGCGUAAGGUCUUCGCCGACAUCUACUUGUUCUUGAAGUCAGCUGGCAAAUGGACCUCUUCGCGUUUACCCAUCCUCCACAGCGACGAUCCGGAUGAUGCCUGGCAGCUCUGCAUCUGGCUGACCGACACGGUCAUCCCUGUCGACCGCUGGCUGUGCUGGAUUGACUACGACCGAGGCAUCCUCUUCCAUGACGUGUUUGGGGCGGCGGCUACUGUCUCCUUCCUCCGCUUCCCUCUGCACAAGUUCUCUCGUACUCCUCCCGAGAUCAGACGGGAAUGCAGCGGCAGGAUAUACCGUGGUGUGUCCGCCAUUGAUGCUGCCGGUAUGCUCAAGUUUGUCGAUGUCACCCGCGAUGAUGGCAUUGGCUACGGGGCACUCAAGCCCGGUGCUGGCUUCACCAUCACCUGCCACACCCUCCUCCCAUCAUCUCUAAGCAGCGGCAUGGUGUGGAACAAGGACUGGACAGUCACCUCUGAUGAGCUCUGGACUGAUAAUCGCCUCCCGCGCGAGGUUCCCAUGUUCCCCCAAGUGAACAUCGACAGGCCACAUGUAGUGCAUUUCCUUAUCAGCGACUUCACAUACGUGAUGAAGAAGAUGUGGGUGGUCACCAUUGACAUGAACACCAGGACCGUCGAGUCAUUUUAUCAGUAUAUCAAUGGUGAGGAGGACAUUGGAACUGAGCGUGAGUUCUUGACCAAGGAAAGGUCCAUGGGUCCCAGGCCCUUCCUCCCCAGUGAGUUCUCCAAGUACCUUUCCUCAAGGUAA